CCCGAGCCCGCAGCACCCAUGGAGCUGGAGCCGGGACCCGAGGCGCUGCUGGACCUCAGCUUCCUGACCGAGGCGGAGCGCUGCGCCAUCGCCGAGGUGCUGCACCGCGAUGCUCUGCUGCGCCGCGCAGAGGAGGGUCGAGUGAGCAAACUGCGCCAGUCCGUGUCGGACCCGAUGCGCCUGCGGACCCUGACAGGGGAAUGGUUCUGCCACGUCCGCGCCCAGCGCCACCGGAACCUGCUGGGAUCCGACCUGGUCCGUGCGUCCAUCCGGCGCAGGAGGCGGCCGUGGG